AUGUAUGAAAUUGCUCCCUCUCCCCCUCUCUAUAAGCCUAAUCUCUUUUUGUAUACGGAAUCCCUAAAUUCCGAGCUUGACAAUUUGGUAUUCAGAGCUUUCGAUCCUCGAGUUAGAAUGGCGGCGGUUUCGCAAUCUCUGGCGAACACAGAUGUUGAACUUCGUUGGCAGGAGCAACGCACGGCGGGGAAGUCAGAGCUUCGAAAUAUUGCUACAAAUCAAACGUUUUGGGAUGAGAUUAAUACUCAAUUUAAGACCUUAGUUGUUGCUGUAUAUCAAUUAACGAACAAUAAGCAGGGUGAUCCACAUGACCAAUCGCUUCAGUUUGGGCAUUUUCGAUCAGAGAAUUCGCAGUUUCUUGUUACUCCGGCAGGAACACCGAGUAUGAAUUUGGACGGAGAUAGAGUUUUUCAAAUGCCUCUACAGCCUACAGUUAGUACUCGACCGGCAUUGGAGUCAUCGGAAUUUGUGAUUCCCUUUGCCGAUGAUUAUGUGAGAGCUCCACAGGACUUUGGAGAAGAAUACGAUGUCGUCGAUUGGUUAACCGUCAAUUUCUCACCUUCUUUGCUUAUGAAUGUGGAAGUUAACACUGAGGGUAAUACUGAGAAAUCUGGUGAUGAUGUUUCGUCUGAAAAUGAAGUUCUUGGCUUCGAAUUGGAGCGAGACAUCGGUUCAGCAACAAUUUCAUCACAAAAAAAGACAGAUGAUGAUGAUGAUGAUUCCAUGGUUACUCAUGAACUGUUGAAUUGUGUCGAUGGUUGUGAUGUUUCUUUAAAGUCUUUGGUUGAUGAGUUAGUUGAAAUGAAUGUUACUAGUGCAAAUUUGAUGAAAGAACCUGUUGAGUUAUGCGGUGAGGAGGUUGCAAAUGUGAAGCUUAUUAAUGAUUUUGUGGUAUUAAACAAGAUUUACUCUGAUGUGGUACGAGAUAAUUGGAAUGAUAACCCUGAGUUGUCGAAGGAUAUGCUGGUUAAUUUUGUGGAUUCAAAGGAUUUUGAUGAUGAGGUUACAAAUUCAAAUAACGAAGAUGUGCUAGAAGGAUUGAGUUUUUGGAAUACUCUUAUUGUAGUUUUUAACUCAUCUACCUACCUUGAGGACAAAAUUGAUUUUAAGCAUAAGGGAGUAGUUGUCAAAGUUCCUUUGCACGCUUUGGAGAUUACAGAGUGCAUUCUUGCAGUCAUUGUCAUAAACUUGGUUAGUGUUUAUGUCUCAAGCAUUGCUGAGUGUAUUGCUUCAGUGGAAUUGGAUCCAGUUUCAAUGGGUAAGCUAAAUGUUUGGGUGUAUGAUCCUGGAAUCAACACCAAAUAUAAAGUUGAGUUAAGGAAGAAGAACGGGAAAGCGGUUGAUAGUGAAUCAGAGCAACCAGAGGAGGAGUUGCAGAGGAGCCCACGGGACAAAGUCAUACUGGAGAGGAGAUCUGAGCCGUCAUCAUCGAGAUCUAGUCCCAAAAACGUGAAGUGUUCCAAGUGUAAAGGUAUAGGACAUGAGGGAACCGUCUGCAAAGUUGCUCUUAAGAAGCCACCACUAGUAGAAAGGAAGAUAUGGCAGAAAAGUGAGGUUAAGCAGGAAAAGAGCAAGCAGCAGGAAGUAUCUAGUGAUCCUGAAAAAGAAAAUAUCACAGAGCCAGCUCAUACAUCCAUGCAACAAGCAGCUCAAGUUCCAGUGCAGCAAGAUAAAGAUUGUGGCAAAAUCAAUAAGAUCUUAUCAAUGGUGUAUGGUGAUUACCAAGCAACGGGAAGGAAUGAUAUGCAGCAAAACUUAAUAGACAUAGCAGCAACCUGUCAAGUGCCAUGGCUGGUUUCCGGUGACUUCAACAGUGUACUGCAAGAAGAUGAAAAGUUAAGGGAUAUAACUGCUCUCAGUCAAGACACAGAUAUGUUUAAGUAUGUAGUGGAACAAUGCAAGCUAGAAGGUAUGAAAACCAUUGGAGGGAAAUUCACUUGGAACAACAAAAUGUUGGGGAAAGACAGAAUAGUAGCGAGAUUGGACAAAAGUCUCAUAAAUGAAGCAUGGUUAGAUCAAUAUGAACAGAGUUAUACAGUGGUAAAACAGGCUGGUAUUUCGGAUCACAAUUCUUUAGUGAUCAGAAUGCAACAUGAGGAACACAAGAAGAAAAAGGCCUUUAAAUACUUUAACAUGUGGCAAAAUAAUCCCCAUUUUAAAGAAAUGAUAGCAGAACAAUGGAAGCAGGAAGUGAUAGGGACUAGACAGUAUCAAGUUGCAAAGAAACAACAACUGGUAAAAGGAGAGUUGAAAAAACUGAAUCGAAGAGAAUAUGCUGAUAUAGAGCAACAAGAAGCAGAAACAAAGGAAAAAAUGGAAAGUGUACAGAAGCAAUUGGAUGGAACACCAGAUGAUUUGGAACUACAAAGAGAGGAAAAGGAGGCAGUUGAACACUAUAUUAUCAAGAGCAUAAGUGAAGAAAUGGAGGGCAAGUUGCAGCAGCAAAUGGAGUUUGAAAUUGCAGAGGGAACUCAAGAGAAUAAUGGUAAGAAUAAGAAAUGA